AUUCAUGUCGAAUACGAACGAAAAGUGGAGACAUCGGCUACUGCGCGCUAAAGUCGGAUCCGCGAAAAUAACAUUUCAAAUACUUGAUUUCGGACACGGUGAAGAGCGCAUUUUUCACAGUUUUCCCAGUGUUGUUUCCCAGAAAAUUCUCGUUAUUUUCGUUCAUUGUGGCUUUUCUAGUGUAGAACGAGUGGUUUAAAAGCUUCAGCCAAUAAAUAAAGAAGCCAAGAUGAGUUGUUUGAGAAAAGAUACAUUCUGUUUUUGUGGAUCCCUCAGAACAGGAACAUUAGUGGCUGGUGUUGCUGGAAUAGUGUUAGCCAUCGCAGGAAUAGUUGUACUACUAUGCGUGAAUGUUAUAUUCAAAACUAUCGUUUUCGACUGGCUACCGAAGUCCGUAGUUGACAUCAUAAUCAUAAUAAACUUCUGUAUGACAAUCAUCAUUUCGAUAGUGCUGAUGGUUGGAGCUGUCAAGAGAAAUAUGUACUUGAUGAUACCCUGGGUUGUGCUAGGAAUAAUGCUCGCUUUUGGAAUAUUAGUGUCAGUACUUUACACUGGUAUAUCCUUCCUAGUUGAUGGCGAUCAUUUCAAUGGAUGGAUAUGGCUGAUAUUUGGAACACUAUCUUUCAUUGUGUAUCUUUAUAUGUGGAUGAUAGUGUACAGCUACUUCUGCAUCAUCAAGGAAGAAACCGAUAGGGGACAAUAUUUAAAAGACCCUUUCAGAAGGAAAUACUGAACACAAACCAGAAAAGAAAUUUUUUCUUCUGUGAUCCACUGAUAUUACCCAACCGAGAUUAUCCGAUCAUCAUCAUUAGAAAUGUUACAGGAUAUAUAUCUGUUUCUGUACCAAUAUUGAUAA